AUGUCUACCUCGCCGAAAAACAAGUACAAAUACCAAGAUAAAGAAGAAAAGCUGAUAAUUGAGAAAAUCAAAAAACAUAUAGAAAUCUAUAGAAAUGACCCUAAACCUAUUUUCGACGAACUCCAAGAGCUGCAUUUCCCAAAUCGGUCGGCUAACGCCAUCAGAAAAAAGUUCGAAAGACUUGCCACCGACGAUAAGCGUUUAAAGGCCUUAGGGUAUAAGGAGGAGGACGUGCAGCUAUUAAGAAGCCUUGUUAAGAAGUCCACGCCAACAGAUGGAGAUGGAGAUUCGGAUGCAGAGGAGGUGGAAGGGCUAGUCAUUAUGAAUGAAGAAGGAUCUAAAAUAAUAAGAAAAUUCUUCUACCAAAAUAAAUGUUUGAAGCAAGAGUUGGAGGUGGUAAGGGGAAGGUGUGCAGAGGCGGAGAGGGUGAGAGAGGCGGCAGAGGAAAGGUGUAAGCAGGCGAUGGUGCAGAGAAAUGAAUCGAGGAAGCGGAGACAGGAGGCAGAAGAGAAGAGGGUGGAGGAGGUGGUGGAGCAGGCGAGACGAGCCAGCAAAUAUAAGAAAAAGGCCGAGGAGUUGGAGGAGCAAGUGAAGUUAUUGAUUGUGGAAAAAGAAAAGGCGAAAGAAGAGGAAAGGAAAUUGAAGAGGGUAAUAGAGGAGAAGAAAGAAGAGGAAAGGAAAUGGCAGAGGGAAAGAGAUAGGAAGAAGAAAGAGGAAGAGAAAUUGAAGAAGGAAAUGGAUGAAUUAAAAGAAGAGUUGGAAAAAAAAAAGAAGAGUUAAGUCAAGAAAAAAUUGAGAGUGAAAGAUUUAGACGUUUAUAUGCAUGUAUAGACAAGGGAAUGAAAGAAGUGCAUGUCCCAGUACUUCAAGCAAAACUACCAGGGCCCCUACAGCUUGAAGUUCCACACAAGCGCAGAAAAUAGCUACUCGUUUCAAUGUCUAAGAAAAAUUUCAGAACUACUGCCUACCCUGGGUCAACAUAUGUCAAGUUAAAUAACUUCUGUUGAAGUAAGUAAUCAUUUCAUUGAGACAGCAUU